AUGUCGUCCCACAGCAACAGUAGCAACUCCUCGCCGCCACGAGUUCCACCACACAUCCGGUUAAAUUCGGGACAGGAAGAUAUCCUAAACAGCGAUGCAAAUGGUUCCUCAAGAGCACUCGUUCCUACCUCUUCAAGGCCUACUACCUCCAGGUCACAACUACAAAAUAUCUAUUCAGCCACAAACGUGCAAGACUCCGCCGAGAGAUUGCUACCUCCUUCACAAAGCCGACUUAACAGAUCUCGAGACGAUGCCUCUCCUCUGAGAUCACCUGCUCUUUCUAAUCACUCUUCACGACGGUCAAGUUGGGAGUCUGACCGCAGCCGAGACAGCAGAGGGUUUGAAAACCCCUUUCGAGAUUCGAGUCUAUCAAGGCCUGGAUCAAGAGCUGGAAGUGAUGACAACGAUGUCAACACUCAGACUGUAUCUGAGAAGUACAAUAUUCUCCCAUCAGCUGGGCUUCUGCUUUUUCCUGAAGACAUUGAGAAAGACGAUUACCUGCACAAUCCCGAUCCGAACGGUGAACCACGCGACUGCGAUGUCUUCAACAGAAGAGGUCUGGUCAAUAUUGGCGGCCUCGCAUUCAUUACGAUAGGCAUCCUAGUCCUGUUUAUAGGCUAUCCCGUUUUAACCUUUGUGCAAAAAUUAACGUCUUCUCCCGACCCGUGCAAAGACGAUAUAGGGUGCAUCAACAAUGGCAAGGUCCCUCUCCUCAAAAAUGUGCGCACAGGUCUUAUCGAUCCACACACGCCCGAGUCAGCCAAAACCAAGAAGGACUACCACGGCAAUACUUGGAACCUGGUCUUCUCAGAUGAAUUCACGACUCCCGGGCGUACAUUCUAUGACGGCGACGACCCAUACUGGACGGCUGUGGACAUCUGGUACGGUGUGACAAAAGAUCUGGAAUGGUAUGAUCCCGAUGCUGCCACUACGAAUGAUGGUGUGCUGGAGUUGAGAUUUGACGCUUUCCAAAAUCAUAACCUGAACUACCGGUCCGGCAUGCUACAAUCUUGGAAUCAAAUGUGCUUCAAAGGUGGCAGACUGGAGGCGAGCAUUUCUCUUCCCGGCCGUGGCGAUACAGUCGGCUUCUGGCCCGGGUUUUGGUCAAUGGGCAACCUGGGAAGACCCGGUUAUGCUUCUACUACCGAUGGACUAUGGCCCUAUUCUUAUGCUGACGUUUGCGACGCUGGUAUCACUGCCAACCAGAGUUCACCAGACGGCAUCAACUACCUGCCUGGCCUGCGUCUCCCGGCCUGCACAUGUUCUGGGGAGGACCAUCCCUCGCCCGGGAGAUCGCGCUCCGCCCCUGAAAUUGAUGUGAUCGAAGCUAGUGUGAUGCCGUUCGAUAGCGAAGGCAACCAAGUCGGCGUCGUAUCGCAGUCUUUUCAGGUGGCACCAUUCGAUGUCUGGUAUCAACCAAAUUAUGACUUUGUUGAAAUCUUUGAUUUCAGCGUCACACAGAUGAACACCUACAAAGGUGGACCCUUCCAGCAAGCCGUGUCAGGGCUAUCUAAUCUGAACAAUGCAUGGUAUGAUGGGAACGCGUACCAAGUCUACGCUUUUGAAUAUACGCCCGGCGCUGAGGGCGAUAUUACCUGGUUUGUUGGUCAGGAUCCUGUCUGGCGAGUACAAGGCCAGGCACUGGGACCCAAUGGGAAUGUCGCCCAGAGAGUCAUCCCAGAAGAGCCAAUGUCAAUCAUCGUCAACUUUGGCAUGUCUCCUGGCUUCUCGGCUCUCAACUUGACCGGGUUGGCACCGCUGAUGCCAGCGACCAUGCGGGUGGAUUAUAUCCGUAUCUACCAAGACGACGACGGCGAAAUUACCUGCGACCCUCGUGGUUACCCUACCACCGAGUACAUCAACAACCAUUACACCGCCUAUCACAACCCGAACCUCACCAGCUGGUCGGACACUGGCUAUGAAUGGCCCACCAACAGCCUGGUUAAUGGCUGCUAA